AUGCAUCUAAGUCUCGCUUUUUUUGCUCCAAUUGCUCUUCAUGCCGUCCUCACUCAGGCUACAAGUAAGGGUAACCUUACAGUUGCCAUGGUCCGGGCACCACCUCCAGACUGGCCUUUGCCAGUGUAUAGCUACAACUGGACUGGCAUCAUGCCGAACCUGAACUCUUCAAUCGACAGAGCAAUUGAGUAUAUGCACGAAGCUAAAGAAAGUGGUGCCAAUUUUAUAUUGUUUCCCGAGCUUUGGUUCCCUGGAUUCCCGAAGGGCUCAAGCAACAACAACUAG